CUCAGGGCUCCUUGGGGAGGGGGUUUGGGGUGUCCCAUCCUGGAGGUGACACUUGGGGACGGGAGAUGGUGCCGGGGCUGAGGCUGAACCUCCUCUUCCUCCCCUUCAUCGUGCGAGCCUGGGCAGCAGAACCCCAACCCUUGGAGGUGAACGGCGCCGUGGGCGGGGUGGCCCUUCUGAACCCCCGCAGCCCCCAAGAUCCCUCGGAAUAUUCCCAAAUCCACUGGCGCUGGGAGAACAAGGUGACGAUCGCCAUCCGCAAGCGGGGCCAGAAGCCGCGGUAUCCCCAGAGCAGCUUUGAGGGGCGCCUGGAGCUCUUUGAGAACCACACCCUAAAAAUGAGGGACCUGAGCAUCAGGGACAGCAGCGAGUUCCACCUGUACCUGGAGGAUGACACGGGCAGGGAGAGCGUCCAGACAGUCCGGCUGAGGGUCUACGAUCUGGUCCCGAAGCCCCGAGUGGGGGCCACCACCAGCGGUGACGCCCAGCACUGCAAUGCCACCCUCAGCUGCUCGGUGGCCCUCAAGGGUGUCACCUACGAGUGGAUCCCGCCCCAGAAAGUCCCCAGGAACCGCGACCCCGUCGUGAACGUGUCCUUCAACCCCGCCGUGGAGACCUACGUGUGCAGGGUCAGCAACCCCGUGUCCUCCAACAAUGCCUCGCUGACCUACCGGCCGCCCUGCAGCUGGACAGGUGAGCCCUCCUCCGUCACCUGUGCCACACCCAGUGCCCUGGUGGCCCUGGGACACCUCGUGCUCCUCUUCCUCCUGCUCGCCGUGGCCUGAGGACACCAAAGGUGGCACCUGCUGUCACCUCCUGUCACCUGCUGUCACUCAUUGUCGCCUGCUGUCACCUCCUGUCACCUGGAUGAAGAUCCCAAAAUCCAAAAAUCAGGGAAACACAGGGAACGGAAUCCGUUCAAUGGGAACGGAAUCGUCAGAAUUGUUUAAUUUACGGUUAAUUUGGAAAUCGGAAUAAUUCAAUUUAUGGUUAAUAUGGAAAUAAGAAUAAUUUAAUUGAUGGUUAAUUUGGAAAUCAGAGGAGUUUCAUUUAUAGUUAAUUAGGAAAUAGGAAUUGUUUCAUUUAUGGUUAAUUUGGAAAUCGGAAUAAUUCAAUUUAUGGUUAAUAUGGAAAUCAGAAUAGUUUAAUUUGUGGUCAGUUUGGAAAUCAACAUGGUUUAGUUGAUGGUUAAUUUGGAAAUCAGAAUUGUUUAAUUUAUUGUUUAUUUGGAAAUGGGAAUUGUUUAAUUCAUGGUUAAUUUGGGAAUCAGAAUUGUUUAAUUGAUCAUUAAUCCAGAAAUCAGAAUAAUUUAAUUGAUGGUUAAUUUGGAAAUCAGAAUGGUUUAAUUUAUGAUUAAUUUUGAAAUCCUCCCUAAACUGGAAUUCCAAAUUUGGAAUUUCUCCCCAAAAAUCCGCAGGGAGACCCAAUCUGAGCCUUUCCUGGGGUUUCCUGGAAUUUUGGGGAAUCCUGGGACCUUUGGUUUUCUCCCUCGAGAGGG